GGUAUUUUGGAAAUAUUUGCUGUGUCUCAGGGGAUUGUAGGAAUACGAGGAGUUUUCAGCAACAAAUUUUUAGCGAUGUCAAAAAAAGGAAAACUCCAUGCAAGUGCCCAGUUCACGUCCGACUGCCACUUCCGGGAGCGUUUCCAGGAGAACAGCUACAACACGUAUGCCUCGGCGGUGCACCGCGGCCCGCGCCCCGGCCGGCAGUGGUACGUGGCCCUCAAAAAGGCCAAGCGCGGCUGCAGCCCCCGCGCUAGGCCCCAGCACGUCUCCACGCACUUCCUGCCCCGCUUCCGGCAGCCGCAGCCCCCCGAGCUCGCCUUCACUGUUGCCCUCCCCGAAAAGAAGCCCCCGCCGCCCAAACCCAAGGUCGCCCCGGCCCCGCCACGGAAAAACCCCGGCCCCAUCAAGUACAGGCUGAAGUUUCGCUUUGGGUAG